AUGAAAAAAGGAACCAAAAAAUAAAAUAAAAAGUAAUCAUAGUUAUAAUCAAUAGAUGAAUACAAAAUAAUUAAUAUUUAUGGUAUUAUAUCAAUUUUUAUAUAUAUAGAUAUGAUGGAGGAUCCAGAUAUGAAAUAAUAUUAAGUAAUAAUAAAAUUAGAAGAUUAAUUACAAGAAAGUAGUGAAAUUGUAUUAUAAAGCUUUCUUAAUUUCUAUUUAAAAUUAGUUGGUUUAGAUUAAUGUAAUCAAUAUUUAAAAGGAAUGAAUUUAGAUAAAAUCAAUUUAGAAGAAAUUAUAAGCAAAUUAGAAUAAUUAUAAACAGAAAAUUAAUAAACUUUAAUAGAUGAAGAAUAAUGCAUAAAAGUAGAGAAUAAUAAAAAGCUAAUUCAUUUUUUUGAUACAUUAUUUUCAACAUAAACAGAAUUACCAUUUGAAUGUGAUCAUUUCUUUUAAUAUACUUUUAAUUGGUUAACAACAUUAUCAUAAACUAAAUUUAGAACAGCAAGAUUAGCAACAAUGGAAAUUAUUUCAAUAAUAAUGAAUUCUAUACUUAAUUGUUUAGAAAUUAAUGGUAAUAUUUAAGUUUUAUCAUAUAUUUUUAGAAAAUAAAGAAAAACAAAAAGAGAUUCUAUAAUUUAUAAAUAAUAUAUUUGAAUACUUAGUAACAAAUAGAACUUAAGAUAUUUAAUCUGCAAUUAAAAAGAAAUCAAUAUAAAUACUUUUUAGUGCUUUUUUAAAUAAUUCAAUUCCAAAUGAUCCAUAUCAUAAUUAAUUAGGUUAUUUAUUUUUAAGUGAAAAUCAUGAAUGUAGAGAAGCAUCAAUGAUAGAGCUUGAAAAAAUAUAUAAGUAUUUAAUUGAGAGAAAAAAGUCAUUAUAAUCUAUAUAAGAAUUUUUGAAAGAAGAAUAAGAAGCAAUUUUGAGUUUAAUUUUUGAUCCAAAUGAAAGUGUUUAAUUAAGAUUGAUCAAUUUUUUAAAAGUAUAGAAAAUAAAAGUUAUUUUUUAAAGGCAUUAUCACAAUCUACAAAAAUUUGUUCAGAUUUUUUUGGUCCAAAAAGUUGUUAAGCAUUCAUUCGUAUACUAUUUUCAAAAAAUUUAAGAAUUAGAUAUGAUUCAACUUCAAUUUUACAUUUAUUUGAAAAACCAAUAAAAUCAGUUGAAAAAUUAGUUGAAUUUUAUUUAAAAUAUGCUCCAUUUGAACUAUAAUCUUAUGAAGAAAGCUUCAAUUUUAUAAUAUCAUUUAUUCAUAGUCAUCCAUUUAUUACUUCACCUGAGUAAUAUGCUGUAUUCUUUGAUUGCAAUUAAAGUGAAAUAUUUUAGAGUUUAGGAUUAUAUUUUUAUGCUUCAUUUCUAUAAUAUGAAUUUGUAUAUACAAAAUUUUGGUGGUUAGAGGAAACAGAUGGACCCCCUUAAUAUAAUGAUGCAUUUACUAAUUAUUUUAUUAACUAUACAAAAGUUUCAUUAGAUUUAAUAGAUGAAGUAUAUUAUUAUAUAUUUAUAGUAGAAUUUAUAAUUACCAUAUUUACACAUUUAUGCAAAUUUGAAUUUCAAAAUUAUACAAAGUAAAUUUAUAAAAGCAAUAUUUGGAAGUGCAUAAAAGAUUUUUUAAAAAAGUUAGAAUAUUUAAGUUAUCAAUUAAUUAUGCAAAAUGAUUUAUAAUUGUAGUUAAGUGCUUAAAGAUUCAGAGAUAGUAAAAGAUAAUGUGAAAGAAAUAAUUAAAUACUCUUAAAAGAUAUUUAAAGAAAAAUUAACAAUAAUUACAAUUUAAAAGAUUGAAUGUUUAAUUAAGAAUAAUUUAGUGUAUCCAAAAAUAAUUUUAAAUCCUUUUAAUUUAAUUUUUGAAAUAAAAGAUGACAAGAGUAUAAUUAUUAUAGCUAAUUUACUUGCAUCAAGUUUAUAAAAUUAUUUAAAAUCUUUAUUAAAUUAAAUGAAGAAUUAAGAUAUUGAAACAGAAAAUGAUUACAAAGAAAUACGUGAUUCAUUUUAUAAUUAUUGUUUUUCAAUUUUGGAAAAUAGAAACAAAGAUAGAUUCCAUCUUUAAAUUUUACAAUUAAUUAUAACUAAUUUGAUAUAUACAAAUAAUUUUAAAUUAUAACGUUUAGGUUUACAUUAAGAUAUUUAAUCAUAAACUUAUUCUUUACUUUAUAUGUAUUUACAUGAAUUUUUAUUUAAUGAAUUAAUAAGACAAUCUAAAAGAGAAGAAGAUAAUAUUAAUGAAAUAAGAAAAAGAAAUACACAUUCAAUAAUAGAUAGUUUACCUUAACUUAAUAUAUAAUAAAUGGAAUUACUUAAUAAUUCAAUUAAAUUAAUUAAUUAAUGUCCUUCUAUUUUAUUAAAUAAAGAAUUUGGAAUUCAAUAUUUAGCUUAAAUAUUAGAAUUAAUGAAAAAUCAUAAUUAUUUUAGAGAUUUAAAAAUAUCAAUUACUUAAGCUCUUUAAUAAUCAUUAUAAAAAGUAAUUGAAAAUGAUCAAAUAUCAAAAAAAGAUGAAUUUUGGAAAUUUAUGAAAAAUUAUUCAUAACUUAAAUAAUAAUAAUAAUAAGAUGAUUUAUUUAAUGAAUUUGUUAAAUUGUGUAUUAAUACUUAUUUAACAUCAGUUACUAAAUUAAAUAUAUUUGAAAAAAGAAUGAAAUUUAUUAAUAAUUGUGCAGAAAUGAUACAAGCAGGAUUUUAAGAUAUUGAUAAUUUACAUCUAUUUGGAUUACUUAAUUUCAUAUUUCAUAAACCUACAAAACUUUUAAAAGUGUUGUAAAUAGAUAAAUUAACAUAUCAAAAAUUUUAUGCAUUUUAUGAAUCUAAAAGUUAAGAAUUUCAUUAAAGUAAUAAACCUGAAGAUUUUAAAAAAGAAGCAAUAAAAUAAGAAUAUUCUUUAAGAAAUAAAUUAAAAUACUCAAGUGGUUUAACAAAAAAAGAUGUUAAUAAAAUUGUAAAUUAAGUUUAGAAAAGUGGUUAAAAAGAAAGUCUAGAUAAAACUAAUAAUAAAUUGAGUAUAGAAAAAGGAAUACAAAAUAAUGAUAAAUAAAGAAAAUAAUAAUAAGAUUCUGAUGAUGAUGAAGAAAUGGAAAUACCUUUUUCAAAAUCUAUGAUUAAAUGA